AUGCUGACGGAGAGGUCCCCCAGCGAGCCGCCGCGGGAUGCAGUGCGCGGCGCCGGAGCCGGAGCCGGAGCGGAGGGCGUCGGCGAGCCGGACCUGGGCUUGGGCUCCGGCAGCAGCAGCGGCGAGGCCGGCCGGCGCGGGGGGAUGGCGCUCCCGGGGGAGCCGGCCGUGCUCAGCGGGGUUGCCAAGGAGACCGGCCGGCCGCCCCCCUCCCCCGGCCCGCCGCCCCCUGCCGCGCCGGUGCCCGUGAUCGAGCUGGUGCGCGGCGGCCGCCCUAUAAAAGGCAGGGAGGCGCCGGCCGGGGCCAUGCAGAGCCAGCCGGGAGACAGCCGAGCGCCCGCAGCCCUCGCCCUCGCCUCGGGCCCCGGCACGCCCCCCGCCGGCGGCGGCGGCAGCAGCAGCAGCAGCCACGACGCCCGCAUGGUGCAGCUCAGCCCCACCACGGCGCCCGCCCUCCCGCUCCAGCCGCCCGCCAGAGCCAUGCUCUACGGCCUCGGGCCCCCGCUCAGCGCCGCCAGCAGUGGAUUUUUUGGGGAGCCAGACACCUUCUCAAUGUACAACAACAGCCGAGUGAAAAGAAGACCAUCUCCAUAUGAAGUGGAGCUCUCUGAUGGUCCUCAUACAAAAGUGGUCCGUCGAAUAUUUACCAAUAGCCGGGAGAGAUGGAGGCAGCAAAACGUCAAUGGUGCUUUUGCCGAGCUUCGCAAGCUCAUUCCAACUCACCCACCUGACAAAAAACUCAGCAAGAAUGAAAUCUUACGAUUGGCCAUGAAAUACAUCAACUUUUUGGCUAAGCUGCUCAAUGACCAGGAAGAAGAGGGAAACCAAAGGGGUAAAGGAAACAAAGACACUGGCAUAGUGCAAGAAGAUCUCCUACAGGACAUGUUGUCCCCAAACUCAAGCUGUGGAAGUUCAUUAGAUGGAGCAGGAAGCCCAGACAGUUUCACAGAGGAGCAUGACAUGUUAGAUUCUAAGCACGCAAGGGGUAUCCACCACUCUAUUCUUCCAAUUGAAAACAAUGCACAACGAUGAUGAACUGACAAAGAGGCAUAGGCAAGCCCCUGAGAGCCUAGCAUUUGGAAGUUAUGCAUGUCCUUCCCCCGAUUAUUAUUGUUUGCUCAGCCGAUAAAUGGGGACUUCCCAAGUUUUCUUUCCACUGGAACAAGACAAGAGGAUGAUAAGGAAUUAUUGGAUCAAAUCUAUCUUCAUUGCCUAUCCUGUGGAUGAAGCACAGGCUGGAGAAGUCAUCUCACUCUCUGUGUUGUUUCUGAGAGAAUGGGUGACAUGUGGGCAGCACAGCUUGUAUUCAAAGAUGGUUUACAAAUGGUCAGCCCCAGAAUCUGUUUUAUGCAGAAUAUGCACACUUCUGCACUGUACUGCUCACCCCUUUCUCAGCUGUUCAAACCCAAGCAUCUUCCAUAAUUUGAGUAAGUGGCAAUAUGUGGAGUGUUUCCGCCCCCCCCCUCCAGGCCACUUUGGGGAAACUGAUGCAACUUGUCAGUAAAGAGUAUUUUCAACUGGAUUUUUUUCUGUCUUUUAAGGAAGAAAAGAAAUCCUAUCCUGAAGGAGCAGUUGAGACUGUGUUGUGGGUUUGUUUGGUUCUUUUUUAAAACUCUAGUCCAGUUUUGGAUUAUUUGAGGUCUUGUAUUUAUGAUAUGGAAUUUUUCUGUUUAAUUCCAACUUGCAGUAUCUGCUGAACUGAACAGGUACAUCAUCAGUGGGAACUGGAUUCCCAGCUUCUGAAAUCUCAUCACAGUGGUGAUUUCUUCUGACAUUGGUGAGCAGUGGCAUUUCCUUGGAGUUGUUAUCUUGGGUCCCUUUGUUUGAUUUUUACUGAAACAAGUGAGUGGUGGCUAUAUGUGUAAAACCAGUAAAAAAAUUCAGUAAUGCACUUUGA